AGGGAGCAGCAGUCAGGAAGGAGCCAGGAGGUUGUGCAGAGGUCAGGAUACUGGAAUACAGGUGGCUGACUGUUAAUAUGGCAGAGACAGUAGAGCAGCAGAACGUUGUGGUCAGGUUGAUCAACCUCCCCUUGGUGAGCUCAACGUAUGACAUGGUGUCUUCUGCCUAUAUCAACGCCAAAGAUAAUCGCCCCUACCUCAAAUCUGUGUGCAAUGUAGUGGAGAGGAGUGUGGAGAACAUCACGUCGGUGGCUGUGACCAGCGCCAGGCCAAUCCUGCAGAGACUGGAGCCUCAGAUUGCCCUGGCUAACAACAUUGCAUGUAUAGGAUUGGAUAAGAUUGAGGUGAAGCUGCCCAUUCUCGAUCAGCCUACUGACAAGGUGGUCUCCACUGCCUCUGAGGCAGUUCUUGGUGCUAAGGAUGUGGUUGUACAGAGUAUAUCGGGAGUAGUUGGCAGAACUAAGGGAGCUGUGCAGGAUGGUGUAGAGAUGACCAAGGCUGCUGUGAAUGGGGGCAUUAGCACCAUUAUGGGGAGCAGUGUAGCGCAGAUGGUGAGCAGCCGUGUGGACACUGCACUGACGACAUCGGAGAGUCUCCUGGAACAAUACCUGCCACCCACAGACGAGGAGCUGGCGAAGGAAUCUACAAAAACAGAGGGGUUUGAAGUGGCAGCAGGAAAGUCAAGUUACUACGUUCGCUUGGGGUCACUCUCUACCAAGGCCCGUAAACGUGCUUAUCAGCAAGCCUUGACACGAGUGAUGGAUGUCAAAUGCCGGAGCCAGGAGGCCAUGGCACAGCUACAGAACACCGUUGAUCUGAUUGAAUUUGCAAGAAAGAACCUGAAUGGUGCCAACCAGAAGAUCCAUGAUGCUCAGAAUAGGAUGUACCACACGUGGGUGGAAUGGACUAAAAGCACAGGACAGCAAGCUAGUGGGGAGGCUGAGAGCACGGAGCAAAUUGAAUCACGCACUUUGACUAUUGCCCGGCAUCUGACUCUACAACUGCAAACCACCUGUCUCUCCCUGGUGACCGGUGUCCAAGGCCUUCCGCAGAACAUCCAGAGCAAGGCUCAGAACAUCAGUGUCAUGGCUACAGAGGUCUAUCGGAACUUCCGUUCUGCUUCCUCCAUCAGAGACCUGUCUGAUGGCCUCUUAGCCACCAGCAAGGAGCAAUUCACCAAGAUGAAGAGUUCUAUGGAUGACGUCAUGGAUUACUUGGUUAAUAACACACCACUAAACUGGCUGGUUGGUCCUUUUUACCCACAGACGGCUGGCUGCCCACAUGGGGAGCAAGAAGCUGAUGUGACAGAUUCUACUAAUAGGGAUGAUUGAUCGCACUUCAGUCUACAGUCACUUUGUACCAAAUUCACCCAAGUGGGCUAUCACCGAUGUGUAGUGGCAAAUGUUUCAUGUAGCUUUACUGUAUACUUUCACUCGUAUUUUUACACAAAUGCUUUUUAGAUAAACCUGUAUUAAUUGUUUCAUCCACCACACUGUCAUUUAUGUUGUGCACUUUUGUAUAUUAAAUAUUUUUGCGGUAAUGGUUUGUGUUCAUGAUGAAGCUUUGUACACAACUUCAUAAAUUUUAACGUUAUGGCACUUGGAAUGGGGGUAGGGGUGUUAGUAAACAAAUAUUGCAGACUUCCUGUGCAGUUCUAUGGGGUGUAAAGGGGAAAAGCCUGAUGCCAGUCACAAGGAUAAAUGUUCUGAUACAUUACAUCCAUUGUUGCUCACUUAAUAUGUAACUGACAUCAGAGCAGCAGUGGAAGUAUGCGGGUAGGCUCGGGUAUGGAGUACCCUUAAUAAUUUGGCAGCAGGUACUCGGUACCACCUGCCACACA